AUGAAUGUUCCGGUUGCUACUGAGCGUAAAUCGUUUUUACCUUUACGAUUACGGACAAAUACACUUGUAGAAUCUACUAGUAUACCUAUUAUAUCUCGUCAAACAACAGCUGUUACGACGUCAAUGCCAUUGGCUAUACAUAAUGAUGCUAAAUCAUCAUUUACAGUUGGCGAUCGUGUAUUAAUAAAUGGGCUUAAACGUGGAACACUGCGUUAUAAAGGUGCAGUAAAAUUUGCUCAAGGAGUAUUUUGUGGUAUUGAACUCGAUGAACCCGAUGGUAAACAUGACGGACAAGUGAACAAUAUUCGAUAUUUUCAAUGUAAAACUAAUUAUGGAAUAUUUGUACCACAUGAUAAAGUUGUUUUAGCACCUCGAGAACUAACAUGUCCAUCACCACGAACAAUUAGUCGUUUAAGACCUCCAGCAAAAAUGACACGUUCAUUUACACUUCCAUCAUCAAUGGAUAAUCAAAUUCAACCAACUCAAAUAAAAACUUCUCAAACAUCUGCUCAUUUACCAGAUAUUAUUCCAAAUUCGCCAAUUUCUAUUCAAUCGAUACCAAAAAUCGAGACAAUUAAGGAAUCAAUAGUUUCUGAUGAUCAUGACAUUAUCAAACCAACAUCAGAAACAAAGACAUUAAUUGAACCUCCAUCCGAAAUAAAGACAUCAAUUGAACCUCCAUCAGUAACAAUUGAUGAACCUUUAGAAACUAUUGAAACUGAUUUCAUAGAUAGCGUAUCAUUAAUUUUACAACAACUUCAACAAGAACAGAAAAUUUUUUCUAUUCCAUUAUGUACUUCAAUAACAAAUAGUGAAGAAGGUGCAAUUUAUUAUGAUGAUGAUGAUGAUGAUGAUGAAAUCGAUGAAUUAGAUAAUGAAAGUAUUGCUGAUUCAGUUAUGAGUGAACAAAAACAAUCUAUUCAUCGUUUAUCUUCUACAAUUGAUUCAACAAAAUCUAUUCAAACAGAUUUAUCAUUUGAUAUAAAUGAUAAUAUAACAUUUAUUAAAAAUAAUCUAUCAAAUUCAAAUAAACCAUCAAUUAAUUCAACCAGAUCAAUCAAUAAAUCUAAAAUAAAUCCACAAGAUAAUAAAGUUAAUAUUAAUAUGAAAAGACCAAGUAUACCAACUUCUGUUCCAGAAGUCAAAAAAAGUUUCGAACGAAAAUCAUCUGUACCAUUAGCAAAUAGUCUAAGUUCUUUGUCAAAGUCACCAUUAAUGUCAUCAAGACAAAGACUUGUAUCCACGAAUCUAUUAAAAUCAGCAACUUUAUCAGGAUCACAAUCGAAACUUAAUCAAUUAUAUUCGCGAUCAAAUUCCCUUGCUAGUAGUCAAUCCGAUUUAACAUCAAAUCAACCAAAUAAAUCGAAAAUUCCAUCAAAAUCAACACCAAAGAAAAUUCAAGGAAAAUCUCCUUCGGUUGAUCUUAGUUUAGACAAAAAAUCUAAUAAUUCUCGUCAUAGUCUUGAUUCAAGUGAUAAUAAAUUAAUUAUACAAAAAAUUAUUUGUCAAUCAUCUGAAGUUACUAAUCAACGUUUAAAAAAUCAAUAUCAACAAUUACUUAAUCAUUUUGACCUUAUGCAUAUUUUAAGUCAAUAUUACAUAACAGAAAAUGAACAAAUCAAACAGCAAUAUGAAUUAAAAUUAUCGAAAAUUCGAAUAGCAUAUAAUCAAUUAAAAAUUUCUAUCGAACAAUUACAAUCAUCUUUUAAAAAUGAAUUAGCUAUAUUAAAUGAACAACAUCAAAAUCAAAUUAAUAUAAUGAAAGAAACUUCGAAGGAAAAAUUUAUUGAAUAUCAACAACAAAUUGAUAAAUUAUUAAAUGAAAAAAUUAAAUUAGAAAGUCAUUGUACAUCAUUACAAGAACAAGUUGAUAGAUUUAUGGAAGAAAUGGCAAAUAGUGAACAUGCUGAUCCAUUAUUACGUCGUGUUGAAAUACUUGAAAAAGAUAGAACAAGUUUACAAACAGCACUUGAAAUAAAAAAUCAAGAACUUACACAAUUACGAACUAAAUUUAAUGAACAAGUAUUUCAACGUGAAGAUCAAUUAGCAUUACAAAAACGAAUUGAUAUGGUUGAAAAUCGAAAUCAAGACCUAGUCUGUCUUCUUCGAGGUUGGCAAUUAAAUGAAAAAGCCGUUGUUGUUGAACGUGAUCAAUUAAAAGAACAAUUAGCACAAUUAGAACGAGAUAAACAACAAUUAACAUUUGAAAAUGAAACUUUAAUUUAUAGUCUUCGUCAACGUUCUUCAUCAAUAUCAUUCACACAAACAUCAAAAUCGAACAUUAAUUCUUAUUCUAUACAAAAGCUACGCAAUCGAGCACAUAGUUUUUCAUCAAUAAUUACAACAAAUACUCGUCAAAAUAGGCAUCUUACACGCUCAUUAUCAUUGAACUGUAUUUUAAAUCGGUGA